AAUACUCGAUUCCUUUCCAACUCCUCACCAGCGUCACAUCCAUGUGUUUCGUUCUAUUCGUUUGUGCUGCGUCGUUACAGAGAGGCGGCGGUCUGAGCAGUGCCUUGAAGACCAUAUUAUGUAUCCCGUACCUGAUUUUCGAAACUGGAAUCUACUGUAUAUAUGUACAAGAAAUCCUCGACCAGAGGGAGAAACUGAUCCAUUCAGCUGUUAAUUACGAAUACAUGCAAGACGGCGCCGGCUGCGGGAAGACACUGCUCAUAUUCAUGCUGAUGGACUCAUCCUUUCUAGAGAUCAAAGUCAGCAAGAUAGUACCGCUUUCUAAGCCAACAUUUUUACAGAUCUUAAAUGGAUCGUACACACUUAUCAAUCUUCUCUACCACUUCAGUAUACCCGACGAAUAAAUGAAGUGAAAGAAGUAGUUUACGUAUCUUCAAACUCACUAGCCCCAUGACA